GUGCGGGUUUAUGGAGCGUGUUGGUUGAUGUUUAGGGUCUAUUUAGACGUGCAAUUGAUAACUCAUAGGUGUACCUCAUUUUAAUUUAAUGUUGGUGAAACACGUUCACCUAGCUAGUAUGCAAAACCCCGACAAUGUAUUAUGUGAGUAACUAGGCAACCUGGCUAAAUUAAACAACAAAAGGACAGUUUAGCUAAACAUACGUACUGCUACAGACAGACAGUGAUUUUCAAGGAAUCAAUCCCAAGCCCUUUAGGUACUUAUGGAGAUCUGAGUUGGUAUAGUUUUGGCAACAAUUCCACCUGGCAUAUUAGAGCAAGAUGAAACUUGUUAGCUAGCUCCCAUAUUACAUCGAUCCAAUCCACACAGAAGCAAUGCUAGGCGUAGCAGUAGGGGUUAGCUCGCUUACUAGGUAACGUUAGCUGGCGCAGAAAUUAUUAUCGAAGGUAAUGAUCAGGCUAGCAUAAUUUGCACACAGAGUGAGACAUGCCUUGUUUGAUUUUCAGACCAGGUCAACUCCUGUGGUCCUGACAGCCACGGUCCAGCCCAGGGCGUACUGACGAAAGAAUCUUUGACACUAGUGGACUGUUGCAAAAUCCAAAGGGGGUGCAUUGAGGCUCUGCAUGCCCUUAACAUGGGGACUGUGAGGCCGGAAGACUGCCCCCAAACAGAAUCAACAAACAUGACUGUCAAACAAGUGGAGACUAUUGAACCAGUGCAUGAUGGGUUUAUCGUCAUAUUUCCACCUGUAGCUGUUGAUGUGGAGGUUGGAGACACGGCCACUUUUGCACUGUUGAUUAUCACUCUUCUGCAUCUCACAAUGGAGGAAAUCUAUGUCAGGCAUGUGGAGUUGCUGGGCUUUGAGAAACGCUUCUUCCCCAGCCAGCACUAUGUCUACAUGCUGAUGGUGAAAUGGAAUGACCUGUCUGAGAAGUUGAUCUAUAGAGGGUAUCCGGAGAUCUACACCUUUCACAAAUCCCUGAAGGAGAUGUUCCCCAUUGAGGCGGGUGACAUCAAUAAGAAAGACAGGAUCAUCCCUGUACUACCAGCGCCAAAGUGGUUGGACAACCAAAAGAGCACAGAGACCAGGCAGAGCACUCUGGCUGAAUAUUGCAGUUCUCUCAUCAACCUGCCCCCCAAGAUCUCCCGCAGCCAGCUGGUACGCAGCCUCUUCAAGGUCCGACCGGAGGACGAGAACCCACCCGCUCAACACCCUUUAAAAAGAAAUGAGACCUUUGUGGUGUCCAAUGACAAGACGAGAGACAACACUUCUGAGAUCUCUGGCCCCAUCAUAUUGGAAAGCUACAGGGUGAUUGCUGACUACAGCCACACCUCCAAGUAUGAGAUCACCCUGCAUAUUGGAGACUUGGUGGAGAUUGUGGAGAAAAGCCCAAAUGGUUGGUGGUUCUGCCAGUGUGAUACCAAGCGGGGCUGGGUGCCCGCCUCUUACCUAGAGCCCCUGGAUGGACCAGAGGAGUCGGAAGAAGCCGAUCCCAACUACGCAGGAGAACUCUACAUAACCACCAAAGCCUACAAGGCAGCACAAGAUGAUGAGCUGACUCUUGAGACGGGGGAAACUAUUGAGGUCAUUCACAAGCUCCUGGAUGGAUGGUGGGUGGUCAGGAAAGGAGAGGAGACGGGACACUUCCCCUCAAUGUUUCUCUACAGAACUGGAGAGAAGAAGGAGAUGGUGUCGGAAGAGCUUGUGAUGAGAAGACAGACACCCCCACCCAGACGUUCAACAAUCCGCAAUGCACAAAGUAUUCACAGCAAAGGGCGCCAGCGCAUCAGCCAGGACACGUACCGCAGGAACAGUCGCCGCUUCCUGCAGCAGAAGGGUGGCCGGCCCAAUCAGCCCAGGAAGACGUCCAAGGCCUCCACACAGUCCCCGCUGCAGGACUGGAAUAACAGAGACAACAUGCCAAAGACAGCGGGCUCUAGUCCAGGGGGUGAGCUGAAAGGGGCUCCCAUCAUCCCCCCUCGGCCCAGUCCUGAACUCAUCAUGGAGCGCUGUACAGAGAACACCCGCAAGAAAGUCAGUGUCCGCAAAUCGAGCUAAGCUUUAAACUGUGUGGAUCUCGACUCCUGUCAGAAAUGCAAUCAGAGAUGGGUUAAUGUGCGCAUUACAAGCUAAACAGCCGAUAAAGCCAACCAUUUGUGCCAUAGAGGGCAUUUUACAUUUUGUUCUAAAUGUUACCACUUAACUUUUUUCUUAUUGUUACUUUUACGUAUGCAAUGUUUUUUGAUAGUGUGUGGUUGUUAAAUGUGUUUGACGUAGUAUGCGAUUUUUGGAACAUAAUAUUAGUAAUUUAUUUGUUGAAUUUAGCCAUUUGUAACCUACCAAAUAAAUAAUAUAUUCAGAAAAUGUU